ACACAAUCAUUUGUGAGUUCUCCUCCUCAGGCACACACACACACGCAGCAUCAUAACCAGGGUAAAAGGAUGGACGCGCACGUCCAAGUUCUGGAGAGGUUGAGGGCGACAUUUCGCUCCGGCGUCACAAAACCGGAGCAGUUUCGUCGAACGCAGCUGAACAAGCUCAAGUCCAUGAUUAAAGAAAAUGAGGAACCGAUUUUGAAUGCACUGCACAAAGACCUCGCCAAGCCAAAGUUUGAGGCCGUCCUGUCUGAGGUGGACAUGUUGAACAAUGAGCUGAUCCACGCCAUCUCCAACUUGAAACAAUGGAUGCAGCCAGAUUAUGUCGGCACUAAUCUGGCCACGAAGCUUGACGACUGUUUUGUACGGAGGGAGCCGUUAGGAGUCGUGUUAAUCAUCGGACCCUGGAACUACCCCAUUCAACUCCUCAUGGUACCCCUGGUGGCAGCCAUCGCAGCAGGAAACUGUGUGAUCAUCAAACCUUCAGAGAUCAGUGCUGCCACAGACAAUCUGAUCGCAGAGCUUCUGCCCAAGUAUCUGUCGCAGGACUGUUACGCAGUUAUUCAGGGCGGAGCAGAGGAGACCAAAGAACUCCUGAAGAAUCGCUUUGACCACAUCUUCUACACAGGUUCUCAGAAGGUGGCACAUAAAAUCCUGCAGGCGGCUUCAGUCCACUUGACCCCCGUCACCUUGGAGCUGGGCGGCAAGUGUCCUUGUAUUUUAUUUGGUAAUGUGAACGCCACAGCCGCAGCGCGCCGCUUGGUGUGGGCCAAGUUCUUUAACUCUGGCCAGAGCUGCGUGGCUCCAGACUACGUGUUGUGCUCAAAGGCCACGCGGGACGCCCUGGUGCCGGCGAUACUGGACGUCAUCAAAGAGUUCUACGGCGAGGAUCCUCAAACCUCUCCUGACCUGGCCCGCAUCGUGUCCUCGGGACACUGGACGCGUCUGAUGGAGCUGCUUGGAAAGUCCAAAGGCAAAAUUAUUGUCGGAGGGGAGAGCAACCAGGAGGACAAGUAUAUAGCUCCCACUGUGCUGGUGGACGUGGCUGAAGACGACGCUAUGAUGCAGGAGGAGAUCUUCGGCCCCAUCCUGCCCAUCCUCACCGUGGAGUCUCUCCAGGAAGGCAUCGACCUCAUGAACAGCAAAGAGAAGCCGCUGGCUCUGUACGCGUUCUCGGACGAGUCCUCUGUGGUGAACACGGUGCUGGAGAAGACCAACAGCGGAGGAUUCUGCUCCAACGACGGCAUCAUCCACAUGACCCUGCCGACCCUGCCCUUUGGAGGUGUAGGUGGGAGCGGCUGGGGCAGUUACCACGGCCGCUGGGGCUUCGAAACCUUCAGCCACCAGAGGGCGUGCAUGCUGCGCGGCUGGACCUUGGAGCGACUGAACGGCCUGCGUUACCCUCCGUACACCGAGAACAAACUGUCCUGGCUGCGCUGGACCGCCUCACCCAAGAGCUGCUCACUCAUGUGAUGAGUUUUCAAAGUUACUGUUCAAUCAUUAGUUUUUCUUGUGUCACUUUACUUGUAACUAGGAUUUCCUACAACUUCGGUGCCACUUUAUUAUACUCGUACUGUCACUGAUUGUCUUUUUUUUUUUUAUCUUUAAUGUUUUAAAAAAAGAAAGAAAUUCUUUUCUGUAUUUUCUAUACUUUUUCUAAGCAGGUUCUUAACGUCACUUUACUUUCUCAGCUCAUGUUUUCACAUUUAAAUGAAUGAAAAAAGUGCCGGGGAUUUCACUUCCUGCUCAUUCAUCUUACACAGAAGUCUUUGGGUGGUGAAGUGGAGUUUUAAGAAUAUUAAGUGUACUUCUAAUGCAUUUGUUUGUAAACCGUUUGUCUUAAUUUGAGCAGAUUGUUCUUUGUUUUUUUUUAAACUUAACUUUAAUCACAUGUAAAUAAAUUGAAAUUACAUUUGUUAUCAA